CUGGUCAAAGUAUAGACAGUAAUACACUGAUAAUGCUAAUAGGAGUCAUUAGUGCAGUAUUACUGGUAGUUACUAUACUAGUGAUAUUAAUAGUGAGUGUAUUAGUGUGUAGGAGAAAACAGUUAGGUACUGGAAAUACUAAAAGUAAUGGUGAAAGAGUUGCAGAUGAACAUAAAAAAGAUGAAGGGCAGAAUGCUUUAUCAAAUAUGUCUGCUAAUGCUGCUUAUGGUGUUAUUGGUGGAAAUGAAAAUGAUGACUAUAGUAAUCCUGCUUAUGGAAUCAACACUAUAAUGACACAAAGUAUUAAUGAUAAACCAUUAGUGUAUGAGGAACCAUUAGUGUACGAUGAGCCAAAAACAAUGAAUAAUAAACAAGGGGUUAUUGUAAUGCCAGCACAUAAUGAAGCAUAUACACAACAGAAAGAAGAAGAAGAAGAAGACUUGUACAUCUAACAUAUUGACAUUGAACAUACAUUAAUGCUCAUAGAGCAUAUGCACAAAAUAAUGAGUUGCACUAAAAUAUUGAUUGCGUUGUUAGAGUAGAUUACUGAGACAUUUGCUAAA